GUUUGGAUGAACUUCAACUCGUGUACUUCUUGUGCUCUUCACAUGCAUCAUGAUGUGAUGUCCUUCCUUCUUUUUACUUUCACUUUUUUUUCUUAGGAAUGGACGGUUCAAAGAAUUUCCCUAAACGGAAUAUGCAUGAGGGGUGAGAUGAGAUGAAUCUGGGGGGAAGCUAUGGCGGCGCCCUGGGAAGUGGAGGUGGCCUUCCCGGCGCCCAGUCGGUGGGCAGCACCCCCGCGCCUCUUAUUCCGCCCAUAUCUUCCUUGUCUCCGGCGGGACCCGGACAAGGUGGAAUGGUGCCAUUGGGCGGCAUUGCGGGCGGAGGAGGAGGGCAACAACAGCAACAACAGCAGCAGCCUUUGGGUGGAGGAGGUGGCUUAGGUGGUGGGGGAGGUCAAAUGGGAGGUGCUGGUCAGAUGGGAGGACAACCAGGAGGACCUCCGCAGCAACAACAACAGCAACAAUUAGGCGGUGGUCCAACGACACAACAACAGCAGCAGCAGGCUUAUGGCAUGUCUCAGGCAUCAUCAUCAGUAGGAGGCAUGCCUCCAAACAAUUCCAGUGGAGGAGGUAUGAUGGGUGGAAAUCCUAGUAGUGUAGGAGGUGGAAGUAUGCAGCAGCCUCCAAAUAAUGGGUAUCCACCAAGUGCCUAUGGCUCAGCCGCAAGUAGUUCCGUUUAUGGCAGUGCAGUUCCAAGUCCGCAGCAGCAACAGCGGCAACUACAACAGCCAAGUGCAGCUUCAUCCUACAACUUAAGGCUGUUCGUGAUGAUGUAAAGGAUCCAUAAAGCUACAACUUACGGUCUUCGAUGUGAAGGAUUGACAACCAGACCUCUUCCAUGACGGUGUGUCAGGUAAAAUAUAGCCUAGACUGAGUAGUUUUAGACGAGGUACGAUAUGAUAGACAGAAGCGUAUCUCUCAGGUGGAAGCAUGGCAAGUCAACCUUUACGAACAAGAAGAUGUGGUUUCUUUGAAUUUAUACAUAAUCUUGCCCCUUUACGAACAAGAAGAUGUGGUUUCUUUGAAUUUAUACAUAAUUUCAUCAGCACUGCUUUAUUUUCUAGGCUGACGACGACGACGAGAUUAUACAUAUUUACCUCUCAUUCGUUUCUCCUUCUCUCACUCUCUCUAAUCCCCAGUAAUCAAAACCCGGGGAUGAGCUACAACCAGUCAGGAGCGCUUGGAGGACCGAGUGCAGGGCCUGGCACUCCUUAUGGACAGCAACCGCAACAGGGCUACUUUGGGGGAGGACAACAAGGAGCACCGCAAGUGCCGCAACAACAAAAUGCGUAUGGUCAACAGCAGCCGCCGCCAGCACAACAACAGCAGCCACCACAGGGCGUUUAUGGUCAACAACAGCAGCAACCACCACAGGGUGUUUAUGGGCAGCAGCAACAACAGCAGCCACCACAGGGUGUUUAUGGGCAACAGCAACAGCCACCUUACGGGCAGCAGCCUCAGCAACAGCAGCCUCAAGCACAGACUCCAUACGGGCAGCAGCCACAACAGCAGAACCCGUAUGGUCAGCAGCAGCCACCGCAGCAAGCGCAGACACCCUACGGGCAGCCAGGGAGCGGAAGGCCUUCGCCUUAUCUAGUAUUCUACUUAAAACCAGUUAAAUAAGUCGGUUUUUUGAUAGUCGGAUGUAGUUAAACUUUUGUUAUACGUCAUAUUCAACUUCACCUACCAGGCACCAAGACCGGAGCAGCCGGGUUAUCCGCCUCGUCCCGGAGAGGGGCCGCCAGAAUCAGGAAUACAUCCCUCGGUACUUCUUCUCAUUACUCAUCAUUUCCAUUAUACUAUUUUGAUCGGCGACUGACUAUUUUGAGUAGGACCUGGCCCUUUAUUUUCUUCAACUGCAAUUAAUCUACCUAUCACCGCCAAAUAAGGUAUACGAUUCAGCGCCGAGAGUACCGCCAUCUGGGGAUUUUUCUGCGGCCUCUACUUUAGCAGUUCCAGAAGCGCCGCCGCCAAAUCAGCCACAGCCUCAGUUACAGCCGCCGACCCAGGUUCCACCAAAUGCAGGUCUGCCAGCACCGGCUCUUGGUAUCUUUGCUUAUCGUGUUUUGAUGUUGAGAGUCAAUUAGAAGUAAGCAAAGUCCAACAGAGUGACGCUCCAAUUAGUGAGUUAAGUAAUAGAUUACUGAUUCUUAUUUGUCAUAUAUCUCAUCCCACAAACAGGUCCCGCCGGUCCCCCUGCUCCGGUUGUUACUCUAUCGGCACCAGCGCCACCAGGAGACGGCACCAAAGGGUUACCAAUACGAGUGGCCGUCAGAAUGCGACCAGCUAUUAUGACACGAGUUAGCUCACACCAAGAAUGUUUAGCUGUGACGAACCUGUUACAAAAGUUUAGAGAACAUUCCUCGCAGGUUGUGUCUAUUCGAAAGUGAUCGUCUAACACCGCCAGUCCACCAGGCACCUCCCUUCCUGUGCGUUGCGGAUCUGCUGGCGGCGCACGAGAGGUGGUAGUGGGUGAAAAAGACAAAUUUGAGAUGGACCGGAUUUUUGAUGCUGACAAUUGCAUACCUGGUUCGCCACCAACUCAACUUGCGGCAUCACAAGCAUCGCUGUGGGAUGAUCUGGGACAGAAGGUACGAGAAGAUUUCUCAGUGACUCGCUCGACACGCACGAAGUGACCUGUGAACUAACUACUCUUUCCCCGACUGAGAUAACGCACGAAGUGACCUGUGAACUAACUACUCUUUCCCCGACUGAGAUAGACUUGAGAUUUGUUUCAAAUCUCAACUACACCCAAAAAAUCAGCUGCUCGUAGAAGCCUUGCAAGGACAGAAUGGUUGCGUUUUAUGUUAUGGGCCAGCGGAUUGUGGGAAGUCAACCACACUAACGGGAGAUGGCGGUCUAGUGCGGAAGUUUGCAACUACACUUUUCGAGGAAGUCAAACACUGCGAGGUCGGAAAACGAAAUAAGAUACUGGUAUCAACAAUGUCUAGAACUAGCAUGGGGAAUAUGUUUCUCGUGCGUCGUCUUUAAAUUUUGUCCUCGUCUUUGUAAUCACACGAGGCUAGAUGCAAAAAGAAGUAGUGCGUAGUGGUUCUUCCUAACCCCUGGAGUGGGUAGAUUCAUUCAUUCACUCAUUCUAUCUAUCACGAAAAAAGGUAACCACUUCCAUUUUUGACGUGAGUGACCGAAGUAUUAGGGAUUUGCUCGACAUUAGCGGUCAACAGUUAGAGCCAAGCGCCUUGCUAGAACAUGGCCAACUUGGGCUGCUAAUCCCAGGUUUGACAAAAGUACCAUGUGCUGACCUUGCUGCCUUUACAGAGGCUCUGGAAUACGCUAAGCAAAUGCAGGCUUUGGGAGGUACUACAACAAUUUUACUUUUCACUGCGCGUACUUUCACGUUAUUUGAUUGAAAGUCGACGUUCGAUUAUAGGAGAUUUCUAACAAACAUUCAUUCAACAACAGAUCCCUCGAACCGACCGGAGUCGGCCAGCUGUUCCCUACUAGUACAGUUCGAUCUUACGAUAAUGGCUUACGUGCCAGGAACAGGGAGGCCGACGAAGUUGAGUCGCGUACAGUUCGUGGAUUUCGCUUAUGGUGUGGUCGUGAGGAGACUGUUUCAAGGGUUCAUGCAACUGAUCAAGUGUACAGUUCGUGAUGAAGCAUACUCGUGAAUCUUGUGCUCGUUGAAUAGGUUAUCCGAAGUAACGUGGUGGUUCUAGAUAAUCCCUGAGCAUCCUCUAAUUUCGUAGUAGUUCGGUGGUAGAUGAUGCGUCACAAGAGGAAUCGUGGGAUGCUUUACUGAAUGGAAGCGCAGUCGCGACAUACAAAAAUCGGAAUGUUGACCUUUUCCAGACGUGCGUCAAUGAGUUAGCGAAAAAAGCAACAGUAAGGCCAGGACCGAUGCUACCGGAAUGCAAGGUCGUAGGCUUGUAUUUAGAUUCACAAGUAGAUGAAUUGAGCUCUUGUAGUAAUGGUUUUUUCGAGCACUUUUUGGACUAUCUAGACUACGUUCUCUUACUAGACUGCGUUUUUGAAUCGGUGAGUCCUUACUCCUUCCUCCUCAAUCAAUCUACCAGGGCCUUUUCCAGACCUCCUAUCUCGGACAAGUAUUGAUGGACGCGGUAGCCGGGAGGUGUCGAACGACAUGCAUAGCGUGUGUGAACCCAUCAAAAAAAGACGAUACCUUGCGGACGCUUGGGUACCUACUUCGAGAGUGGUUUUAAACAUGUCAGAUAAGACGAGGAAAAGUGCGAAAUUUAGGUACGUCGUCAAUGUAAGCUUUAUUGAGUCACCAACGCCAUUUCUGCGCAUAACUCACUAUCAGUAUCAACUUUAAUGAUCCACCAAACUCAGGGUCGUAUCCAAGUUGCGCGUGAUUAGCACGUAUCCAAUGGAGCGCGUGGUAGAGGAACAGGGUUUCGUGAAGAUGCUACAACAACUCCGCCAAGACGUCCUCAAGCCUCAACAGGUUGUAGCGCAGGUUGAGUUAUGGCGAAUUUUUUUUUGAAGAUUGCUUAAUUUAGUCCUCUAGACCAUCUACUCUUGUGACUCUUUUCCUAUUUGGCGUUACCCCCUGCAAUACAAAGACAAGCAUCGAUGUCUUUGAUACACAAGUCAGAAGAAGUAAAAGGUCCUCCGCUAAUCCUCGCCAGUGUAAGGAUGGGAACGCGAAAUGUCCGCGAUUUAGACGCGGCGAAGAGAGGAGUGGGCAAAUUUCAUUACCAAAUGAAGGAGCUGGAGGACUUCUAUAUGAGCACAGCGGAUCGUAUUUUGUUUUGCUUUGAAGAUUUGUGGUUCAACAGAAUGUUUUAAGGUGUAGAUGAUACUUCAGUUUGUGCGUACCACAAAUAAGGUGAGUGCAACCACAGUUUUUAGCUCCUAUCUUUCCCUAUCUUCUCACUUCUCAGAUAAGCUGAAGCUGCAUAAGGAGUGGCAACUGAGAAAAGAGGCAUUAGCAGUGAAAAAGCACUUGAAAAUCGAAAAAUCGGCACCGUCCCUUGUCGCAGCAAGUGCGGAUGGGUCACUGCAUCAGGUACGAGACGAUGGAGAUACAUCUUUCCCGAGUAAACUGGUUUCGAAAAUUUAUCUCGAAAAUGAAGAAGUCUUACUUCUUUCUACUUGUCGCUCGUCGUCAGACUGAAAUUUGUUCUGCACAAGACAGGUUCUCCGGUUUGCAUUGCCACAGGGAAAGCAGUUUACGAUGGGAUCGGAUCCGACUAGCACUCUGCCUCUCACCCACUGCUUUCCGAAGAAAUUGUGCUAUCUUCAGGUAUGCUCUAUUUUUGUACCCACUGCUCGAAUCUAGUUCUACCUAUCUGCAAAAAGAGCAGCUGGUGACCUGAUAACCGAUAUCCCCUUCCAGAUUUUAAUAAUUCCAAAAAAAUAACCGAUAUCCAGAAACUUCAUCACUGGCCGCUCCUUUCUACUAGGUCUACGGCGAUGCGAUUUUCCUUGAAAUAUCUGCUAGUGGUGUGUGGAUCGACGGAAAGCCUCAAGGCCCACCUGGGAUCAAAGUGACGGUUCCCGCUUCAUCUACGAUUCUGCUUGGCGCACAAGGCGCUUUUUACAUGUUCCGACUACUUCAAUUAUGGAAGAAGCUAGCUGCAUGAUGAUUUCUACCUUCACAUUUUCCAUAGACAUAUAAUUUCCAUCAGUGAGUGGUGAUUCAUUGAAAAGGAAUCUCAACUUCUUGUAUCGUCCCGCUGGUACUAGUCGAGGAGUACUACUAGGGAUGUCAAGAAUCAGUCAGUAAGAGAAUUGGCAUCGCUGGGUUGUUCAAGAUAAGAAAGAGCUUUCUCUUACUCCCACUUCAUACCUACCCGGACAAGAAGCAAACGGAUCAUUCGUGUAUCGGGACCCAGAGGUAACGCUUCUAGAGCAAACACCGUUGCCGCCAGCCUUUGACGAGGUAGGUAACCGAUUGCAAUCAGCAGAGCAACGAGAGCGGCUUGCAAUAGACUACAAAAAAAUGGCCACACUGUGUGCUGAGGGAACGCAACAGUACUUUAUAAUUUUGAAAAUGUGAAGAACUUUGUGUUUUAAAAAAAUUUGAAAUUUUGAAUGAGCAACAUUAUAUGACCUUCGACCACUUCUACCAAUCCAUCACAGAUUAACCGACGCAGGCAAGGGAGACUUGGAGUUCGUACCGCACUGUAUGACUGCCUUCGGGAGUCCACCGCAGAGCGAUGUAGUCGCGAAACUUCGACGAAGGGGUAAAGAAUGGCCUUCAGAGGAGGUGAUCGGGAUAUUCACGCAGACGUCUUUCACCGCACGAAUAGAAAAAAUGCGGAAAAACUACGGAAGAUUGCAGAAGGGUGAUUAUGGUGGGAUGAUUGGGUGCUAAGUAUGUCCAGCCUUAGUUUUAGCAUUGUCUUGGAAACGAGUUUCUACUAGAAGAAAAUGUGACUACUAGAAGAACUUUAUUGUGACUAAGCACAUGAACUUUAUUUUGACUUCAAGACAAGUAGGGUCGUGGUUCAAGGGUUCAAGUAGACAUGAUAAACAUGAUAAGCAGCUCUAAUCAGGCGUACAAACUUUGUGGAAGCAUUCCGUGGACAUGACACAACCAGCGAGACCCGUUGCUCCAGCUUCUGCGCCAGCAACAGCUGCCGUGCCGAGUCAGGUGUUACGUUGUGAUUGAUUAUCGUGGAUGAACACUUUCAGUUAUGCUAAACAUCGUGACGAAACACUAUGACGCCGUGUGGCAGUCUGCACUGAAAACUGUGCGAGAUUAAUUGUAUUGUUGUUGUGAUUGAUUAUUGUGGAUUCCGUUUGCUCGUGACUAGAUGUCCAAGUACAACAUGGAAUGUAACCUUUUUUUGAACUAGACGUUGAUAUAUUACAACGCUCAAAGCACUAGGUAAAACAACCGGGUAGUUUUCACCUCUAAGAAUCUAAGUUUAGCCCUUGCAGCAAUACAUGCUAACACUCACAACUUCUGAGAGAACUACCAGCCAUUUUGUCAACUUAUCAUACACUUCUCAGCCCUCGACUUCGUUUUCUUCCGGCACAAGUCAGAUGCCCAUGAAUGGCCAGCAGACCUCAUUCUCGCAGCAGAGUUCUAAUGGGUUGAGCGGUGGCAGUGCACCUAUGAGCGGAGCAAACAUAGCCAAGAUGGAGGAGAUGGCCAGAACGUUGCAGGAAAUGCGAGUUGCAGACAAUGCCAAGAAUGAAGUCCUCAAGGGGUUGAAGGAACUGAUUGCUACUCUAGUGAGAGAAAUGGGGAUGAUGCGAGACCAGACGAGCGACUUCAAGUCGCAGAUUGGUGGUGGUCGGCAAGUAAGUGAGCAGAUUUUGAGGCUAUUGGAGACACAAGCGCUAAGUGCGGGUGGCUCGGGGAGCGGGUCGGUCGCUUUGCCCAGUUUGCCAAGUACUUUGGCUGUUAAUGAAUCCGAUUUAGAUUUUAAUGAGCUGUGAAUGAGAACAUCAACUGUUCCUAAAGAAUCUUUUGACCUUCGUUGUCCUCGACUACCAAUCUCUCAAAAUAACUCCCCCCAGCACCAGGUCUUGCCGCACUCCCAUCAGCGAUUCGAACGCCGCAAGUUGAAUCCUCUCCGAAGAGCUCCAGAGGGCAGUAUAAGAAAAUCCAUGCGACUAAAAAGGGCCAAGGAGGCGGCUUUUCUGCUACGGCGCCACCUGGUUCACUCGCUGGAGCAUACGGAAGGUCCCCUCCGACAUCACCAACAGCAUAUGCUAUUAUGAAUUUGCUUCAGAAUGAGGCUAUUAUACAUUUCUCUUCAGUGAAAAUGGCAACUAGUAUUGUUGUUUUGAUUUUUCUCCCUUCUGGCAGUACUACUUAGUACAGAGUAGAAAAAUGUUGAAGCAACUCUUCUAGUUCUACCGCUAAGCAACAUCCUUAUGCAGCAAAGGUGGGCGCGCCAGCUGUUAACCACUAUGCUACGGCGGCAGGAGUUGCUUCGCCUAGUGCUGCCUCGCAACCUAGGUCUGUUCAAAAUCCCUACGCAGGAACAUCUGUGCCGACAAACCCAUACGCUGGAGUGACAACAGCGACAGGGAAUCCUUACUUAUGACAUCAGACUAAGAAGUAGUAGGGGUAGAAGUUUUGAGGUGGGUAGAAGUUUUGAGGUUGGGCUAUCAUGAUCACUCAUGUCAGGUAUCUCUAAAUUGUAAGUAAGUACUUGGAGAGCAGUAGGAAAUCUCUUUGAGAACAAGGAUCAUGCUACCGAUAAUGAGGUAUACAUCUAACAUUGGGCGCCACAGCAACCGCGGCUAACGGAUAUGGAGCGACGACACCAGCAGUUCCAAGGAAUCCCUACGGCGCAACUUCUUCUUCGGUGACAGCAGCACCAGCGAAUCCCUACGGGACGACAGCAGUAGCGGCCAAUCCGUACGGAGCAACAUCCUCAGCUUCUUCGAUGAAUCCCUAUGCUUCAGGAGCAGUCGUGACGUCAGCUUCAGCAAAUCCGUAUGCAGCUAGUCAAGCAAGUGGUGCGAUGGCGAGUGGUUAUGGUGGUGCAGCAUCCAGCAGUAUGGCGGGACCGACGCCUUCCUCUUCGAGUGGAGUGAACCCCUAUGCUGCAAAUAACUCUUCACUUGGAGGUCUCCAGUCGGUGUCUAGUCUACAACCUGGUUUCAGUGCUGCUGGUCCUAGUGGAGUGUACAGUAGCGCAGCUGCAGGAGUCUAUGGUGCUAGUACUGGGCCUCAACCUCAAGUAGGAACAGCAACUAUGUCCUCGGCUACUGGUAGUAACGUGUAUAGCAGUACUACAGGAGCGACGGCUGCGGCAGGUCCUAACGUUCCAGCAAGAUUCCGCAAUGCUGGUUCCCCGACGAUGGCAACAUCGUCGGCUGUACCGACAAACCCAUAUGCUGGAAUAUCACUGGGGAGGUAGCGACGUGUGUAUUGACGGGGUGGACAAGGGAUGAAGUAUUUCGUGGUCAUGUUUCGUGAAACAUGGUGUUGAGGAAUGAUCUCUGGCAUUGAGAAGUACCACUUAUACAGAAUUAAUGUUGUUAUACAGAUGUUGAGAGUGGGUAAGAAGUAUACUGCUACAAUAACGCAAACACGCAGUUCUUUCAACGGCUUUUCAACGUUCGUUUGAAAACAGAUAGUAUAUUCAGGAGUAUUAUUUGGCAUCUGACUUCACGCUAGUCUCUAGUUUCGAAAUUAUCUGUAUGUACUAGACUUCAGAAGAUGAACUGUGGAAACUGCUAUUGAAGUGUAAUACUAGAGUGGAACUAAGAAUUCGCAAGAAAAAGAUUUAUUGUUAGUAUUCAACAACAACAAAAAAGGAGAUUAUUUGAGACUCUACUAUGUUAAUUAUAAGGUAUCUUUCAUCAAAAGAACGUCUCAAUAAAAGAACUAAACUGAUAUUACUAGAAUAUGGUCGUGGAGGUAGGCGAGCAAAGCCUCGUUGCCCUUGAUACUGAGCUUUUUUUUUGAAUCAACUUAUCCAAACUCGAACAAAUGCUUUUCUUUGAACUUCUCUUCUUUCGAUCGUAUGAUUACAAGAUCAAAGUUAGUCCUUAUCUAUUUCACUAAAGAAAAAUCUCGAAUGAGAUGAAUAAGGUAUGGUGAGGAUCGACUGGAAACUUCUAUUAUUUGAGUAAGGUUUUAUCUAAAACUAUGGUGUUGAGUUGAACGAAGCAAGACACACCAGAGGUUGCAGCUGGUUGCUUGUGAUAUAAGAAGGUGAAUCUUGAUAUAACCUAACAGGUUGGUAGUUUCAAUAGUACAGUAAAAAAUGAAGAUUAAUAAAGAUUAUCAUUUUAUUCAGCUCGUGUAGUGUAGUUUCGAGAAGAUGUCACCUCGAAGAAGAUGAUCUUUAUUUUAUUGUAAAAAUUUCUUGUCUGCGAAAUAAUCUUUGUCUCUAAUAUUGACGGAUCGAUCCAUCGAUCCAGCGCGUGUUUCAUUCUACUGUCCCUAUUUCCUUAUAAAAGUCAUUUUGAGUUCUUCCCCUUUUUUUUACCAAAAUCUUGAAGAUCUGCAGACACCUUGAAUCUUUUCAGAUGAUCUUGCUCCCUUUGCAAACUGUGAAUGCUAAUGAACUCUUGAUUUUGACUGAACUGAAUUGAGUCAACAAAUAUUGAAUCAACAAAAUAGUAUUGAUUGAUCAAAAAUGAUUUGCAUUUAGGACUAUAACUGGUCGGACGAGAACGAAUCUGAAGG